AUGACGUCAAAAUCGCGUCUGUGUUUUUCCUCGUUACUCUUACUCCACUGUAUCGUCUUCGAUUCAUACUUCUUAGUGAUCAACGCUCUUGCUUGUCGUCCCGACCAGAUCAAAGCUCUUCUGGAGUUCAAGAACGAGUUUGAAUCCGGUGGUUGCACCCGCAUAGAUUACUUUAACGGUGUCCUGUGUGAUAACAAGACUGGUGCGGUCACGAAGCUAGAACUCCCAAGUGGCUGCUUCACUGGAAAUCUCAAACCAAACAGUAGCCUCUUCGAGUUGCAUAAGCUUCGUUACCUUAAUCUCUCUCACAACAACUUCAUUUCCUCUUCACUCCCUUCUGAAUUCAGCAAUCUUAACAGAUUAGAGGUCUUGUCUCUUUCCUCUAAUGGCUUCCUGGGUCAAAUUCCUUCCUCAUAUAGUAACCUAACCUGGUUAACCCAGUUGGAUAUCUCACAUAACGAGGUCACUGGUAGUUUCCAGAUUGUCCAGAAUCUCACCAAGCUUUCCAUUUUGGACCUUUCCUAUAAUCAUUUCUCUGGAACCAUCCCUUCUUAUCUGCUCACUAUGCCUUUCUUGUCAUAUCUAGAUCUCCGUGGAAACCAUCUCACUGGCCCCAUUAAAGUUCCCAACUCGUCUUCUUCAUCAAGGCUCGAGCACUUGUUCCUUGGGCAUAACAAAUACUAA